AUGCUUGUCAGUGAUAACUCCUAUGGAGAGAGGAAGCUCCCUACUUCGUUUAUUUGCUGCAAAGUUAACUCCAUUAGUUUAUUCUUCUUCAAAGUACACAAAACCCCAUUUCUGAUUCUAACUCAGAUCUGGCAAUUUUGGAUGCUCAGGGACCUGCUUAUUGCAGUGUUUGUGUCCGCAUGUUUGUGUUCUUUUGUCGCUCCUGAUGCACAAGGAGAUGCACUCUAUGCUUUGAGGUCUUCACUUAAUGCUUCUAGUAAUCAGCUCGUUGAUUGGAAUCAGAAUCAAGUCAAUCCUUGCACUUGGUCCAAAGUUAUCUGUGACAAUAAUAACAAUGUUGUGACAGUGACAUUGUCUAACAUGGGAUUCUCUGGGACCUUGUCACCAAGAAUUGGGAUUUUAACGUCGCUGACGACACUACAAUUACAAGGAAAUGGCAUAACCGGUAAAAUACCUUUGGAGUUCGGAAAUUUGACGAGCUUGACAAUGUUGGAUCUGGAAAAUAACAAUAUAACUGGAGAAAUACCAAAUUCCCUUGGAAAUCUUAAGAGGCUUUCGUUCUUGAUUUUGGGUGGAAACCAUCUCUCUGGUUUGAUUCCGGAAUCACUUUCAAGUCUUCCCAACUUGGUUAGCCUUCAGCUUUCUUCGAAUAAUCUCAGUGGCCAAAUACCUGAGCAGUUAUUUCAAAUUUCCAAGUACAAUUUUACAGGGAACCACUUAAAUUGUGGCAUAAAUACUGUCCACCGUUGUGCAUCCGACAGUGGAGGUGCUUCAAGUAAAUCAAAGACGGGUAUGAUCAUAGGGAUCGUUGGUGCACUCUUGGUUAUUCUUCUUGGAGGUUCUUUUCUGUUAUUUAUGUGGAAAGCUAGGCGCAAAGGCUACAGGCGUGAAGUUUUUGUGGAUGUUGCAGGUGAAGUUGAUCGGAGAAUUGAAUUUGGACAAUUGAAGAGAUUUGCAUGGAGAGAGUUGCAGCUUGCUACAGAUAACUUCAGUGAGAAAAAUGUCCUUGGACAGGGAGGUUUUGGGAAAGUCUAUAAAGGAGUGCUUACUGACAACUCAAAAGUCGCUGUUAAACGUUUGACUGAUUUUGAGAGUCCUGGUGGAGAUACAGCAUUCCAGCGUGAAGUUGAGAUGAUAAGUGUGGCUGUUCAUAGAAAUCUUUUACGGUUGAUUGGGUUUUGCACCACACCAACGGAGCGCCUUUUGGUUUAUCCCUUUAUGCAGAACUUGAGUGUCGCCUCUCGUCUAAGAGAUCUUAAACCUGGGGAUCCCGUUCUGGAUUGGCCUACUAGAAAACAUGUAGCACUAGGCACAGCACGAAAGACAGAUGUUUUUGGCUAUGGAAUUAUGCUGUUAGAGCUUGUAACUGGCCAACGGGCUAUAGACUUCUCACGCUUGGAAGAAGAAGAUGAUGUAUUGUUGCUCGACCAUGUUAAAAAACUCCAAAGGGAGAAAAGACUGGACGCUAUUGUAGACUGCAACCUAAAGACAAACUACAAUAUCCAUGAAGUGGAGAUGGUGAUUCAGGUUGCAUUACUCUGUACUCAAUCAUCACCAGAAGAUCGUCCAGCAAUGUCAGAGGUCGUAAGAAUGCUGGAAGGAGAAGGGCUUGCUGAGAGGUGGGAAGAAUGGCAGCAUGUUGAAAUCACUCGGAGGCAAGAGUACGAGAGAUUACAUAGAAGAUUCGACUGGGGAGAAGAUUCAAUUAACAACCAAGAUGCUAUCGAGUUGUCUGGAGGAAGAUAA